AUGCACGCAGCCCUCGCUCACCCAGAACCCGCAUCUGCCACAGUGCUCUCACCCAACACUACAGUGGACGGACCUGCCAUCGACGGCAUGGGACUUCUCCUCGGUCCUGAACGCAAGCAGAGCAGUUCCCAGGCAGGUGGACUCGCUUGGGGCGCAACACCCGAGGGCGAGGUGUUUGGCGAUCUCUCCGGCAUCUCAUUCCACCGCCUCCUCCUCGACACGCUGCUCCCCGGCUAUGGGUGCAUCGGUCUCAUGAAUGAUAUGGCAGUGAACAACACGGACCAGUACGAGGGCGGACACGGCGGCGAAGGCGGUUUCCUCGGUGCUCCACCUCUGCCGGACAUGUUCUUCAUCCGACCUGACGACCUGCCACCGCGAGCGCAAGCCCGUGUCAUGGUCGACUACUUUGAGAGCCACACUUGGCAAAUCUAUCCCGUCGUCGACUGUGCGAGCCUCAAGAAGACGUACGAGCAGCUUCAGGACGAUGCGGCCGAGUACGCGCGUCACCUUCUUGCCGACAAGCCUGGCCAUCUGCCUGACCCAUUGCGCAUCCCUCGCAACCAGCCCAUCAUUGCGCUGCACUUUGUUGUGUUCGCCCUUGUCCAGUCCAUCUCGGAGACGCCGUUCACGCGUAUUGAUGUCCACAGGCUCGCGUUGAGGAUGCUCCGCAAACAUCUGGACUGGCCGCACAGCACCCUCAAAGUCCAGGCGCUUCUCAUCGCAGCGCUGCUCAUGCAGGGCAUCGACCGCCCGGGAACGAGUUGGGAUCUGCUUGGCUGUGCCAUUGGCUCAGCUUAUGCGGUGGGGCUACACGACAAGGGCAAUAACGACCGAUUUCCUCCUGUGGAACGCGAGAUGCGGUCUCGUGUGUGGUGGGCAUGCUAUACGUUUGACCGUCUCCUCACUGUUUCUAUCGGCCGGCCCUCCCUGAUCAGCUUCGACGCCUUCUCUGCACCGUUGCCUUCGCCAUUACCGGGGGAGCAGGAGAUGCCUGUGCGCUUUAUGAGCGACUCUAUACGCCUUUACCGGGGACUAUCGGAUGUCAUCUCGAACCCUCCCAUAUCGUUCCGCAACGCCUCGCCCGAGUUCGUGUCGUCUGUCACCGAGCAGCUGUACCAGCUGGAAAAGCAGUAUGCGGCUUGGAGUGAGGCUGUAACUCCCGAACUCAACUUUGCGCACCACCCCCCAACCUGUGCACUGUCAACUGUGCUCGCGCUUCGUGGCCUCACGCUCCGCCUCCUCCUGCACCGGCGUGUAAUGCUGGCUGCGAUCCGAGAGCAUAUUGGGCAACGUUCGCGCUCAGGGACACCGAUCUCGGCAAUGACAUCUGUGCAGUACGUUGAGUCACGACAGAGGCACCACGCUUUUGGGAUCAGCCUCGGUCUCGUGAUUGAGACAGCCAUCCAGACUGCCCAAGUUCUUGAGGGGCGCACUGGCGAACCGCUUGUGCUCUCGGCUCCAUGGUACCUCCUCUUCUACUCGAUGAACUCGUUCAUGUCACUCGUGGCAGCGUUCCUCCUCGACCUGACGCAGUGGGCGUGGUUUAUUCGCACGCCUGCUGCAACCAUCGUCCAUGCGCUCCUAUCGGUACAUGCAACUGUGCGCCAGAUCUACGAUCGAUACAACCGACCAAGUGCGCGCCAGGCACUGCUCAUCAUCGAGCACCUCCUCACGGCUCUCGGUCUGCCUGCCUCUGAGCAGAGUCAUCCACCGCCAGCUCCUGAGCCGACAGCCGUCGACAGCAUCGAUGCUGUCGCGAGCAUCAUGGCGAGCUUCCAGGACCUGCCUCACCUAGACUUGGUCGAGCUCUCCAAGACGCUCGGGAUAGAGCUAGAUCAGGCGGCUUUUUCAUAG